UGAAGUUAGAUAAGUUCCAAGAUCACUGGACUAACAUGCUUGGACAAAGACCUGUGGAGACCAAUAAUACUGCUCCUCAUCCACAUCCGUCAGACAGUUUACUGGAUGGUGAGAAAACCGGAGCUGCCCUGUUGCUGUCCGGAGUCUUUGUGGCGAUGGUGGGUGUCACCUUCACCGCCAUGGGCUGGCAGCACUACCAAGCCAACCUGAGCUUUCAGUGGACCCAACUUCUGGGCCCCAUCCUGAUCUCGGUCGGAGGUACCUUCAUGCUUACCAGCGUGUGCAAGUUUAGUUUGGUUUCCUGUUGGCCAUGCAGAUGGCAGGAGGAGGAGGCAUAUGUUAUGCCUGUGAGGGAACAAAACUCAGGGGGGCAUCCCGUCAUGGUUCAUUCCAUAAAUCAACCUGUCAUGUUACAGGGCACCACAACAGUGGUGGUUAUUUCACCUGCUCAUAACUUCAUAACCCAGGAAGAACAAGCAGAAAAUGAUCCUCAGCCUGGCAACUCUGUGAGUGGUGGUAACGCUGCCCUUCCUUUGUAUGAAGCUCUGUACGCAACCUUUACAGCAGGCGACAGCACGCCUCAAAGCACAGAAGCAGGCCACAACAGUAGCAGAGUACAGAAGACGGAAAGUAAAAGUGGACGCCUCGAUGGGAACGAGUCCACCUGUUCUCAUCCACCUGCAUACGAAGACAUUUACCCUUCCUUUCCCAAACACAAUUCAGCAUAAAUGUCAGAAAAUCUGUUGGUGAUGUCAGGUCAUAUGCUGAUGACAUUGUUAACUGUUCUUGCUAGGCACCACAACAGCAAUUAUUGUUCCCUUUUCUUGCAGGCUAAAAAAAUCUAUUUUAAUGUAAAAGUGAUUUUAUGCUGCUCAUCACAUCCUUUGGAAUAAAACAUUGCGGAGAUCA